AAUGAUGUCCGCCAACAAGCAGAGGAUGCCUACAAUGAGUUACCAAGAGCGGUGAAAGUUACUCAUUUACUAGGCAGUAUCCACAAUGGUCAGCAAGCAGAGGACCACCGACAGAUGGCAGCUGUGCUUUUACGACGGCUAUUUACAUCAGAAUUUUUGGACUUUUAUAAAGAGCUACCACAAGAAUCACAGGCCCAAUUUUUACAACAGAUCUUGCUUGGUGUUCAGCAAGAAGUUACACCAAAUUUACGUCGGAAAAUAUGUGAAGUAGUUGCAGAAGUAGCACGCAAUCUUAUCGAUGAGGAUGGAAAUAAUCAGUGGCCAGAUUUUCUGCAGUUUCUGUUUCAGUGUGCAAAUUCACCAUCAGCACAACUGCAAGAAUCCGCUUUACGGAUAUUUGCCAGCGUACCAUCAGCUUUUGGCAAUCAGGAACAAAAUUACCUUGAACUAAUUAAACAAAUGUUAGCAAAGAGUUUAGAACCGACAGCUGAUGUUGAAGUGAGGUUUCAAGCUGUAAGGGCGGUAGGUGCAUUUAUAUUGCAACACGACAAGGAAAAGGAGGCUAUUGUGUUUAAACAAUUUUCGGAUCUAUUACCUCGUAUGAUAUUGAUAACAGCAGAGAGUAUAGAAGCACAAGAUGAUCAAAGCUUGUUGAAAUUAUUGAUUGAUAUGACGGAAACAUGUCCAAAGUUUUUACGCGGUCAAUUGGAAGUCAUAUUUGAGAUGUGCAUGAAGGUAUUUAGUUCCCCCGAUAUUGAAGAUACCUGGCGACAUUUAGUACUUGAGGUUAUGGUCUCACUAUCAGAAAAUGCUGCUGCAAUGGUACGGAAACGUGCUGAUAAAUAUGUAACUGCGCUUAUACCACUUGUACUACAAAUGAUGACUGACAUGGAUGACGAUGAAGAAUGGGCCAUAUCUGAUGUUGUUAUUGACGAAGAUAACAGCGAUAAUAACGUUAUUGCUGAAGCUUCUUUGGAUCGUUUGGCAUGUGGUUUAGGUGGUAAAACAGUUCUACCACAGGUUAUGGCUGUAUUGCCUUCCAUGUUAGCUCAUGCUGAUUGGAAACAACGGUACGCCGCUUUAAUGGCAAUUUCUGCUAUUGGUGAAGGUUGUCACAAACAAAUGGAGACUAUGCUAGAUCAAAUUAUGUCAGGCGUUUUAAAUUUCUUACGCGAUCCCCAUCCACGUGUACGUUAUGCUGCUUGCAAUGCUAUUGGACAAAUGUCAACAGAUUUUGCACCUACCUUUGAGAAGAAAUUCCAUGAACAAGUAAUUCCUGGAUUACUCUCUUUAUUGGAUGAUGUGCGCCAUCCACGUGUGCAAGCUCAUGCAGGUGCUGCCCUAGUGAACUUCUCCGAGGAUUGUCCAAAACAUAUUUUGACACGUUACCUUGAUGGUAUAAUGCUGAAAUUGGAAACCAUACUAAAUUCUAAAUUCAAAGAAUUGGUGGAAAAGGGUAACAAAUUAGUGCUAGAGCAAGUAGUGACAACAAUUGCAUCGGUUGCUGAUACUUGUGAAAAGGAAUUUGUUGCUUAUUAUGAUCGUUUAAUGCCAUGUCUAAAGUUUAUAAUACAGAAUGCAAACGCCGAAGAUUUGCGUAUGUUGCGUGGUAAAACAAUUGAGUGCGUGAGUUUGAUUGGUUUGGCUGUUGGUCGGGAGAAAUUUAUCACAGAUGCAGGUGAUGUUAUGGAUAUGCUGCUAAAAACACAUACUGAAGGCGAUUUGCCUGAUGAUGAUCCUCAAACUUCAUAUUUAAUAACUGCUUGGGCGCGUAUGUGUAAAAUACUUGGCAAACAAUUUGAACAAUAUUUGCCAUUAGUAAUGGGUCCAGUAAUGCGAACAGCAGCAAUGAAACCCGAAGUAGCUUUAUUGGACAACGAGGAAGUAGAGGAUAUUGAAGGAGAUGUUGAUUGGUCAUUUAUCAAUUUAGGCGAACAGCAAAAUUUCGCAAUACGUACUGCUGGUAUGGAAGAUAAGGCAUCGGCAUGUGAUAUGUUAGUAUGUUAUGCACGUGAACUAAAAGAAGGUUUUGCUGACUAUGCCGAGGAAGUGGUACGUCUAAUGGUGCCCAUGCUCAAAUUCUAUUUCCAUGAUGGUGUACGAUCAGCUGCAGCUGAAUCUUUACCAUACUUAUUAGAAUGUGCAAAAAUUAAAGGUCCACAAUAUUUGGAGGGUAUGUGGAAUUAUAUAUGUCCGGAAUUGCUCAAAGUAAUUGGCACAGAACCUGAAGCAGACGUACAAUCUGAAUUACUUAAUUCAUUGGCUAGAUGUAUUGAAACUUUAGGUCGUAAUUGUCUUAGUGAUGAUGACAUGAAACAAGUUUUAGAGUUUAUUUCCAAAUUCAUGGAUGAACACUUCGAACGUGCUGGCAAACGUUUAUUGGCUCGCAAUGAGGAAGAUUAUGAUGAUGGUGUUGAAGAAGAAUUAGCUGAGCAAGGUGAUACCGAUACAUUUUUAUUAUCAAAAGUUGUGGAUAUUAUACAUGCACUGUUUGUAACAUAUAAUGCACAAUUUCUGCCAUACUUUGAUCAAGUGGCGACACACUUCAUAAAGUUGCUAGAACCAUCUAGAUGUUGGUCUGAUAGACAAUGGGGUGUUUGUGUAUUUGACGAUGUUAUAGAAUUUUGUGGACCGGACUCAGCCCCAUAUCAACAAAUAUUUACACCAGCUCUACUACAAUAUGUAUUGGACAAAACACCCGAAGUGCGUCAGGCUGCUACCUACGGUUGUGGUGUAUUGGGACAGUUUGGUGGCGAACAAUUUGCUGUAACAUGUGCUCAGACCAUUCCUUUGCUGGUACAAGUUAUAAACGACCCAAAAAGCCGUGAAACGGAAAAUAUUAAUCCAACGGAAAAUGCGAUUUCAGCUGUCACAAAAAUUCUUAAAUAUAACAAGUCCGCCUUGAAUAACAUCGACGAAAUAAUAAGUGUUUGGUUUUCUUGGCUACCCGUUGUGGAGGAUAACGAUGAAGCACCUCAUGUUUAUAAUUAUAUGUGCGAAUUAAUACAGGCCAAUCAUCCAGUGAUCCUAGGGGCGAAUAAUUGUAAUUUACCACGAAUUGUAUCAAUAAUUGCACAGGCAUUUGCAACUAAAGUAGUGGAACCAUUAAGUGAUGUAGGCUCGCGCAUGUUAAAUAUUGUGAAACAAGUAGAAUCAAACCCAGAAGUUUUCCAAGCGUGUGCCGCUAUGUUGAACGCUGAACAACAGCACGCUUUGCAGGAAGCUUACAGAGAAUUGGCAACAGGACCAACACAACAAUCCGUUUAAGUAACAUACUGAAAUUGUAUGUCUUCAAAGCAAUGAUUAUGUAUAAAAAAUUAUAUAUGCAUGCUAUUAAAUAUUAUAUGUUAUUUGAUUGAUACGAAUCAAAUUAUUCAUU